AUGGACCUCGACUUGACGACGGGCCGCAAGAGACGGGGCCUCAAGCGGGCGGCCGCCGAGACGUUCAGCGUGGAGGCGCUUUCGACGUCGGCGGCAGUGAUCCCGUUCCACUUGCCGCUGCUCCUCGUGACGAUGCUCGGCGACGGGCAGCUGAUGGCGGAGACGAGAGAGGGUCUCCAGCGGGGGUUCACCAACCUCUCGGUGUUGAGUCUCAUCUACGCCGUGAUGGUGGGGGAGAAGGCCAAGUGCGAGCGGAACCCGUCGCUCAAGAGCAACGGGCCCACCGCCCUCGAGUUCCUCUACACGGCCGUCAGCUACCCGUUCUCGAUCGUGCUCUCCGUGCCAAUCUACGUGUCGUUCCUGCUCUUCGGGGCGCCGGCGGGCCCGCUCACAGCGCUCACCUUCUACUUGGCGUCCCACGUGUCGCUCAUUGUCUUCUUCCCGCUGCUCAACGUGUACAAGCUCACGGACAAGAACGCCAAGAAGACCUGGUGGAGCCUGCUCACGUUCCAGCUCGAGAACUGGAAGUUGAACCAGAUGUACUGCGCCAGCGUGGGCGGCCUCGUCGGCUGCUGGCUCGGCGUCAUCCCCAUCCCCUUGGACUGGGACCGGGACUGGCAGGACUGGCCCAUCACCUUGCUCAUCGGCGCAUACCUCGGCGCCUUUAUCGGCGCCGUCGCCAGCUACUUCUACGGCCGCUACGUCCUCUGGAAGUUCAGAAGGAACACCUGA